AUGACUGGAGCAAGUGAGAGUCGAUUGCCGGGAAACGUUGAUCAGAAUAAUAUAGAACAAUCACCGUUCGCACUCUUAAUGAAUUUAACUAACACUCUAACACAAUUCUUUCUCGGUGCAGUGGCUUUCAGUGCAAUAUAUUUCGUAAAUAUAUUCGCAGGUUCUAGCUCUUUGAAACUACAUGUAUAUUUAUGCGUUACUGGGUACAUAAUUCUAAUGAGUCAAGCUAUCCUAUCCCUAAAUCCUUAUACAAGUUGGACUAAAAAUUUGAAACGUGAGGAUAAAAAGAUAAUCCACUGGGUAAUGCAAAUCACUGGAUCUAUUCUAGCAAUAGCUGGCAGUAUUAUUAGAAUAAUAGAUGUUCAACCUAACUUUAGGACAGCACACGGAAUUGUCGGUCUUGUUGCCAUGAUUUGCACCUUUUUUAGUCUCGUUAGCGGGUUGGUCAACUUAAUCUCCAUGCAGUUUCGAAAUAACAUAAAUUUAACCAAAAUAGUGCAUUCUGCUAUGGGUUCUCUGGCAAUCAGUACUGCUUACAUAUGCCUUUGUUUAGGUUUUCACAAUUUGUAUCGAAAUGUAUUUGGAGAUAAAAAUGCCAACCUGUCGAUUGUUCUAGCUGCAUUUGCGUUAAUAGGUACGUUGACAUCAGCUAGUACAAAUAUCUUUAGAAGAAUAUUUAGUUAG